CCGCUUUUGCCAUAGGUAUUUGAAAUCUGUCCUGGUUAAACUUGUCUUUAAGUUACUUUUUGUUCACUUUUUUGGACGGUAAUCUAUUCUGUACAUAACACGAAGUUCUUUUGCUUUUUUGCAACUCGGGCAUGGUAGCCCACGAAACGGUCUGUCGUACGUAACCAUAGCAGUGUGCAGGUUUUGCCGGUUCAUACUUGCCACUCAUUUGCACAAACGAAAUGGAUUGUAGAGUGCUGUCAAUUCAAAGUCAUGUUGUCAGAGGGUACGUCGGAAAUAAAUCUGCAACAUUUCCCUUACAGGUACUGGGAUUUGAAGUGGACUCUAUCAAUUCUGUGCAGUUUUCCAAUCACACAGGUUACGAACACUGGAAAGGGCAAGUGUUGACUGCAGAUGAGCUGAAGGUCCUCUAUGAGGGAAUUAAACUCAACAAUGUGAAUCAGUAUGACUAUGUACUUACAGGAUACACCAGGGAUGUGUCCUUUUUAGAAAUGGUGGUGGACAUUAUACAGGAGCUGAAGAAGAUCAACCCCAAGCUGGUGUAUGUGUGUGAUCCAGUCUUAGGAGACAAUGGCUCAAUGUAUGUACCCGAGAACCUCCUGCCCGUCUACAGGAAUAAAGUGGUGCCUGUGGCCAAUAUCAUAACCCCCAACCAGUUUGAGGCAGAGCUGCUGACGGGGAGAAAGAUCAGCACGGAGAAAGAUGCCGUCGAGGUGAUGGAGCUGCUGCACAAAAUGGGUCCGGACACUGUAGUCAUCACAAGCUCAGACUUGCUCUCUCCUCUUGGGAACCAGUACCUGGUGGCACUGGGCAGCCAGAAGACAGUGAAACCAGACGGUACAAAGGUAACCCAGCAGAUCCGGAUGGACAUCCCAAAGGUGGACGCUGUGUUCGUGGGCACCGGUGACCUGUUCGCUGCCCUGCUGCUGGCGUGGACACACCACCAUCCUGACAACCUGAAGAUGGCCUGUGAGAAGACUGUUUCGGCCAUGCAUCAUGUCAUUAAGAGGACAAUGGCUUACGCCAUAGAGGUAGCGGGGCCUGACAGGAGACCCAGUCCAGCUCAGUUGGAGCUCAGGAUGGUUCAGAGUAAAGCGGACAUUGAGGAUCCUGCCAUAGCCAUAGAGGCUGUAGUAUUGUAGGACUAAGGCCCCAGUCCUCCUGCUCUGUGUGACCAUCUGAAUCGGAGGCCGGGACUGUGGCCCUGUGUUCACCUUUUAGAGCACAGAUUUAUUUUUUUUAACAUUAUGUCCAACAUCUCAAUCGGCCCCAGGGAAAUGGGUGUUGAUAUGAAUUAAUAUCAGAAAGAGCUGUAAUAUGGUUGUCAAGCAUGAACAAUAAUCAGUAUUUCUCUCUCUCUCUCUCUCUCUCUGUCUCUCUGUCUCUCUCUCUCUCUCACACACACACACACACACAAAGAGAGACAAACUGACCAUAUUUUGGAGGCAUUUUAGAGUUCAACAUUUCAUUUUAAUAGUACUGAAUAAUCUGGUUUAACAGUUAUGAAAAGAUUUUGUAGCAAAUGUGAAACUUCGGAGGACACAAAGUGUAACUUAAUGAAGUUACCAGCAGGUGGCAUAUGUGAGCACAUCUUAUAACACUGUUGUAAUAUCAGCACAUUCACAUUCCACUUUCAGAUGAGACCAUCCGUCCCAGUUUGUUUGCUGCCAUACUUUUUGAAUACUUGCAUUCAUGAAAUCAGUUAAUUAAGAGUCUAUUGGGAUUUCUCUAAGUCUGCGAUCUCUUAGGCUGAUGAUAUCUAAUGGUCUCAUUGUCAUAUCAUUCCAAUGUCGCAUUUGUCUCUGUCACCCCUACCAGUGUCUUACCAUAGUUUCAGUUUUUGCCUUUUUGAUUUCACUGCCGAGAGAUAUUUAAAUCACAUGAUUAAUAGUAUUUCAUGAACCUUUUAAACAUUCCGUUGUGUUAAUUCUGAAUCAUUAGGUUUUCAUGAUCUCAUCUUUAUAUAUUUUUUAUAAUGUCAUGACUAAGAGGAGCCUUAAAACUGGGUGGUAGAAUUGGUAUGUUGAAUAUGUGUGUGCAUUAAUGGAACGUGAAGGAAACUAUGUAAGAAACUGCUAAACCUGAAGAUGCUGCUGAAUGAUGUCAUUAAUAAUUAGAUUAAUAGAAUGAGUAUGUCACAUUCUAUGGAAUAAAGGAUAAUUAUAUUUACAUAUGAUAAUCUGAUCACAAUUAUCUUAGUAUGUCACAUUCUAUGAAAUAAAGGAUAAUUGUAUUUACACAUGAU